AAAAGUUUGAACCCUUCUUCAUUAUUGAUCGAUCUUUUAUUUUUUUUUUCUCUCCAAAUAAUUAAAAAAAUGGGAAAUUUAUUUUCAAAAUCUACUGAAUCCUUAGAGAAAAGGAACAAAAGAGCUUUAGAUUCGGAUGAUUCAUUUGACAGUGAAAUCAAGAGAAAGCGAAUUGAUUCUGAUGAAGAUGAGGUGCUUAUCAAAAUUACAGAAACCAACGUUGGUAUAAUAGCUUAUGUUAAUCCCAACUUGAAAGGUUUCCAUAGUAUCUUAAAAUACAGAGCUGAAGAUUUUCUUGUAAAUGAAGUUGAUAUGGAUAAAAAUAUUGUCCAUCUUACUUCAUUUGAACCCCCUAAUACAAAAUUAGAGGGUGAAGAAAAGAUGGAAAUUUAUCCUAGUGAUGUGUUUGAUCAAGAGGUGACUAAACUUCUGGGUACAGAUUUUGCUCAAACAUUUCGUGCCUUCCUUGAUCAUCCUGAAAAUACAGACGCCACUUUAACAGUGCCUGCUGAUAAGGAUACACGCGUGCUUUUUUAUAGACUUGUUAAUGGGCAUUUGGAACCUAAAGUUUAUUGUCGUGGUAAAGAGGGUCAUGUUAUUAUUAAAUGGCCUUCAGGAGAAUAUAAUGAAGAAUUUAUUGAUUGGAGUCGUCUUGGAGGUCAUUACUUACAAGCAAGUAUGCAAAAAAUGGGUGUUGAUACUAUGAAUGCUAUUAAUAUUAUUUCUAAAAAAGUUGGUGCAAAUGUCAAGAAUUUCGGUUAUGCAGGUAUAAAAGAUGCAAGAGCCAUCACGACUCAAACGCUCACAAUGAAAGGUGUAAAGCCUGGACGUAUUAUGGUAGUUCAAGAAGAAUUAAAUAAAAGUGGUCUUUAUCUUGGUGAUUUUAAAUUUGUGUCAAAUGGAUUAACUUUAGGGGACCUUGGUGGAAACUACUUUACAAUUGUCCUUAGAGAUGUUCAAGGUGCUACUGAAGCUGAAUUAGAGGAAGCAUUACAAUCUUUAAAAAAUAAUGGUUUCUUGAAUUAUUUUGGCAUGCAACGAUUUGGUACAAGCUCUGUUUUGACACAUACUAUUGGAUGUGCUAUUAUUAAGAAAGAUUACAAAGAAGCAUCUAAUUUAAUUCUUAGACCACGUGAAGGAGAGCGUGAAGAUUAUCAUCGGGCAAGAACUCUUUGGGAAGAGACCCAAGAUGCUAAAGCUACUCUUGCUAUAUUACCCAAGAGAGCUUUUUCUGAACGUAAACUUCUUCAAUUUUAUUCAAAUAAUCCUAAUCAACAUGCCAAAGCUAUUAAAAGUUUACCUAGAAACAUGUUAUCUUUGUAUUUACAUGCAUAUCAAUCUUACAUUUGGAACAGGGUAGUAUCUGAACGUGUAAGACUCUUUGGUACUAGUAAGCCUAUGGUCGGUGAUUUAGUUUUAGUCGAUAAUGAAACUAAAAAUACGAACAACUCUUUUAUAAAUAAUAAUGCCGGUAGACGUGACCCUACAGAUCGUAAAGUCCCCAAGGUAUUAACUGAAGAAGAUUUAGACAAAUAUUCCAUUGAAGAUGUAGUCUAUCCCUUACCUGGUAGAUCGACUCUAUAUCCUGAAAAUGAAAUUAAAGAGCUUUACAGAAAGUUUAUGGCUGAAGAUGGUAUUUCCAUAGAAAAGCGUGAUAAUCAAUUUGAAGGUUUGAAAGGUGAUUAUAGAUCUAUGUUAUCAAAGCCUGAGAAUAUGAGUUGGUCUUUCAUUCGUUAUAAUGAUCCUACAGAAAAACUUUGUAAUACGGAUGUAGAUAAAAUCGAAAACAAGCCUGAACCUCUUGGUGUUGCUGAUGGUAAAUAUUUAGCCUUGAGAGUUGAAUUUACACUUGGUACAAGUCAAUAUGCUACGAUGGCAUUAAGAGAGAUUAUGAGAACUGAAACUUCUUCUCAAGUGCAAUCUACUCUUUCUCACAAUUAAAACAUACAUAAUAGAUUCCCUUUUCUCUCUUUUCAUUUUUUUUAUUAUUAUUAUUAGAAAUAAAUUUAUCAUCUUAUCUU